AUGUAUUUAACCACAUUCCAGUCAAAACUCGAUCCGACUUCUACCGAUGGAAAUCCAUUUCGACUUGGUUCAAGUAAAGUCGAUUGGUGUGAACCAAACUAUGUCGUUAGCUAUCACAUAGCCGAAUUUUGGAACACAAUCUCCAACAUAUUCUUCUUUUUGGUACCACCAGUUAUGAUCUUUCUCUUUCGACCGUACUCAAAACGAGUAGCAAAUGGUAUUAUGAUCUUAUGGAUUCUGUUGAUUAUCAUCGGUGUCGGUUCAGUUUAUUUUCAUGCCACCUUGAGUCUCGUUGGACAAUUGGUCGAUGAAAUAUCAAUCCUUUGGGUACUGACGGCUGGUUAUGCAUUGUUUCUGCCAAGUAUUUAUUUACCUCAGUCAUUUCGUGUUCAACGACAUCGAUUUGUGUACACAUGUGUGAUCUUUGCAGUUAUUAUUACGUGUUUAUCAUUUGUUUACCCAUAUGCCAAUGCAUUCGCUCUGAUGAUUCUUGGUCUACCUUCGAUUGGCUUUAUUAUAAUACAUCUGAAACGUUCGGACAAUCCGCGCAUCAGAAGCCUUGGGCUCCAUUGCUUUGGUAUGUGGGUAGUUGCAGUUACAAUUUGGAUCUGUGAUCGAAUGUUUUGUUCAUUUUGGCUCGCCAUAUCCUUUCCUUAUUUGCAUGCCAUUUGGCACGUUUUAAUUCUGUUCAGUAGUAACGAAGCGAUCGUUGUUUGCGGCUUCUUGACAAUCAAACAUCAAAAUCCUCAGGCAAAUCUGCACUUACAUUAUUGGCCCAAUGAACUAUGGAAGUGGUUCACGUUACCUUAUUUGAAAUUUCACGAUGAUAGUGAUAUGAGUGAUGAUAAUAUAUCGACAAAAUCUAUUAUCUAA